AUGGAGAUACCAGAGGAAGUACACCCAUCCCACAGCAGCGAAGGAGAGACUGCUUGGCACUACAGUCAGGCACCAUACGAUUUAGACGCGCCUCUCCCGGAAACGGCAAUUCCUCGACUGUUGGGAACGAUAUACGUUCAUAGGAACGUCAACGAUGGGGGAUACCAAGUGUGGGUUUGGUACAAGAGAGACGGGAAUGGCCUUGCGUGGCAACCUGUUGACUUGAAGAACGAGCAGAUUGCCCAUCCAAAGAUUGCCGAUCGGACGUUGAAGCUGACUUCGACGGGAAAGCCCAGCUGGAUUCUGAACAGCACGGCGACAACCUACCGGUCGCGAACCUUGAGAAGGUCCAGAUCUCGUUCAGCUGCGCCUUCGACGUUCGAGUUUGACUCCGGGGAGUUGACAUCGGCAUACGAGUCCGGCGGUUUCCAUUUUGGGACCGCUAAUAGCGCCUAUUUGUCUAUUUCCAUCCUACGUGAUCCAUGGAUAUUCACGAUCAAUCCCAUUGCGAAGGAAUCACCAAAAGACAGCCUGAAUCUAUUUCAACAGAUGGAAUAUGAGACCGCAGCGUUGGUUUUUCAACAAAUCCCUGUGGAAAAUAAAGCAAGGGAGAGCGAUGAGAAAACAAAUGGGAAUGCGGUCGACAGUGAUAUUGAUAAUCAGAGUCUCGAGAAGACCAUACCAGUGGCUUGUCCAGAACCUAGUGAUCAAAACAUACAGCCCGCAGUUCAGUCCCAUAUCAAUUAUCUUAAAGCAAGCUGGGGCCACUUCACUGCUUUUGGUCAACUGAAUCCUCUUAUCAUUACUGUUGGGCAUCUAGCUUUAACGGUUGGUGUCUUCAUCUCUGUCCGAAAUCAUACCAGUCAACUGCAGGGACCUGGAUUUUCACGAGUUACUGUGGAAACCGUCCUGUGCAUUGGAACCUUCAUCUGCAUAUCCCUUGUAUUCCGGAUAAUCUCCAUUCUCAGUGAACUCGCACCCUUCAAUAUGUAUAUAUAUCCCUAA